UCUUCACAAAGCAGAUGAGUGAAUAUGGAGUUUCUCUCGAGGGUGACGGGGGCAAUGCUCAUGGGGUGGACAUCUGUCACAUGCUUAAGAGUGUGUUAAAAGUGUGUGUGUGUGUGUGUGUGAGAGAGAGAGAGAGAGAGAGAGAGAGAUGUUUUUGCUGACACUUGUUGCAUAUUGAUUUCAGUUCUGAGUCACUGAAGGUGAAAAGAGAAAGGAACAGAGGAAGAGAGGGAUACAUGGAAAGGAGAAAGAGUAAGAUGGAGGAGAGAGUGAGAUCCAAUAUGAGAGAGAGAGAGAGAGAGAGAGAGAAUGAAACAAAGAGGAACGAAGAAGGAAAGUUGACCACAGAGCUGAAAGCUUUUUUCUCUAUCCAAACCUUCUAAUGUUUUAAAAAGCAGAGAGUGAGUGAGAGUGAAAUAAACACUGGGAGAGAGAGAAGUAGAGAUGAGAAAGAGGGACAAGGAGACAGAGAGACGGUGGGAAAAGUGUAAAGAGUGAGGAAGAAGUUAAAACGAUGAGUCUGAAGGAGAGAGAGAGACAGAGAGAGGGCUAUUAUUUUUAUUAUGCUGGGUGUGUGUGUGUGUGUUUGCUCUCUCCUCGCUCCAUUCACAUGCUAAUCUGCAGUGUAUAAAAGCAGUCGCACUCAGAGCAGCACACACUCCUGAUCAACACACACACACACACACAGACGUACAGAAGUUUCACUCAGGACUAAAGUAAAGUCUGAGAGUCAUGACGGCGGCGAGUGCGACCCCGAGCGCGGAGAGACAGAACAGCAGCAGAGACGAGAGGAAGCUGAGGAAGCCUCUGAUCGAGAGGAAGAGGAGAGAGAGGAUUAAUCACUGCCUGGAGCAGCUCAGAGAGACGGUGGUGGGAGUCUUCGGGCUCGACCAGUCGAAGCUGGAGAAAGCCGAUAUUCUAGAGAUGACAGUUAAACACCUGCAGAACAUCCAGAGUAAUAAAGCUACAGGUGAAAGGCAGACAGAACCGGUUCUGGACCCAGAGGCGCAGCAGCGCUACAGCACCGGCUACAUCCAGUGCAUGCAUGAAGUCCAUAACCUGCUGCUGUCCUGCGACUGGAUGGACAAAACACUCGGCGCUCGUCUCCUCAACCACCUGCUCCGCUCGCUGCCCAAAUCCACCCCGACCAAACCCUCGUCCACUGACCCCGAGCAAGGAACACUCCAAAUCAGCGAGGUGGAAGACUCCUCAUCAGCGCCCAGAGUGGCUCCGCCUGCUCAAACUAAUGACCUCGCGCGGUUGACUAGGCCACCUCCCACAAAGAGCCAGCAUUUGACAGCUCUGGAAAUGUGGAGGCCUUGGUAGAACAAUGUGUGUGUGUGUGUGUGUGUGUGUGUGUG